GCCCGCGGGAGCGCUGGUAGGGUGUCCCUUCCCAACUAUUUUGUUUCUGCACUAUUUUGUGAUUCUACGGUCGUGUUGUAAAAAACUGUUUUUCGCGUUGAAAUCAUUGUAAUAGUUGUAUCAAAUCUUCUACAAUGUUUGGUUGUAUGUUUUCUUUCGUGUGACAUUGGUCUUAUUGAAAAAUGGCAGAAGUUACGAAAAAAAUUUCAUUUGGAUUUACGAAAUCCAAAGUUGCUACAGAAAAGAAAAUUGCUAAAGCACCACCAUCUGUAGAAUAUAUUUCUUGCUUUGACAGAAAGUCAAUUAUUCUUAAAAGUUCGAGCAAGGAUGAGCCAGUGCCUGGGGACCCAGGAGAGAGUAGCACCAGGAAUGUUGGUGCUCCUGCGACAGAUAAGCCCGCCUCAGCUAUGCCGGCUGCGACAGCAGGAGGCGAGCCACAAGCCAAGACGUUGGAGCAGAGAGCAGCUGAAGAGUUACUUAAAGAUGCCAAGCAGUUCAAUAAAAGGGAACAGACAGAAGUGUCUCAGUCACUUGUCUUGCAAAUAGCUCAGGCAAAGAACAAAGCUGAUUCUGAAGUUAGCUCUCGUGAAGACUACGAGCAAGUGCCUGUCGAGAACUUUGGGCUGGCUCUCCUGCGAGGCAUGGGCUGGGAUUCAGCAAGAGGCAUUGGCAAGAAACCUCAGGUUGUCAGUGCAGUCAAGCAGGUGGUGAGACCUAAGGGUGUCGGUCUGGGCGCAGAGAAGAAAAACACACCCCUGAGUGUCAUGCCUGCCAAAGGGUGUGAGGAAGAAGAUUUGAGAGCUAAAGUUGGUGCUUACCUGAAGAUCACGUCUGGCACUCACAGAGACAAGUAUGGCAAGAUAUUGGGGUUCAAUGAAGACUCUGGCCGGUUGAUCGUGGAGCUGUCGUGCGGGGGAGUCAACGUGUCUGUGAAUGAGAGUGCUGUGCAGCUCGUCACGAAGGAGCACUAUGGCAAGAACUCUAGGGUUCUCAGUAAGUCUGCGGUAUUACCGUCACACCCUCACCAAGUAGUGCUGAUCUCAGCCCAGAUGCUACAAAAUAUGAGCGUUACAUGCGAAACGGUGAAGUGGAGCACAAAGAUAGUGAAAGAAAGUCCCAGAAAAGGAAAAAUGAGUCGAGAUAGUUGGAGACUGCAUUUAUUUUUUUAUGUUUAGUAAAUUUCCAUUGUAAAUACACAAAAUAAAGAAAAUUUUACCAUUUGAAGAA